AUGAGAGUGAGAGAGAGCGCGAUUGAAUUUGUUGUUAAAGGAAGGGAGGCGAGAAGGCCUACUCUCUUUCUCUCUCGCUCUCCCCAAACCUGCAUCGCCGUCUCGUCUUCCUCACUUGUUUGCUUCAACAACCAAAACGCUCUCUGCUAGGGUUUUUCUCUUCAUUCAUUAUUCUUCACUUUGCUUCGACGGAAAAACUUCCAAGACAUCUAAUUUGCGGGGCUGUUUGAAUUUAGUGAUUGGUUGAUUUUUGAUUGUGGUCGUCGUAAUAAAUAAUGGCUAAGAGUAGGCAUUCUGGAGGCUAUUGUGAAACAGUUGUAUCCGAUGGCUCGGCUACUGAACUUACUGUCUCCGAGGAGGAGGAUACUCGGAAAUGUGUUACUUUGAUCAAUUCAGGUCGACGAGGGGCGUAUGGUGUUCCAAUGCAACUUGUUCCUUUGUCAAAAUUGUCAGCUUUUCAAAGAAAACAAGUUGCCAAUAGGUUUAAGUCUGAGCUUGAACGGGUUCGACUUUUUCAAAAGAAAUUUCAAAUGCAAAAGAGAAAUGGUGUUACUUUGUCGUCUUCUAGUGAUAUUAAUAUCAACCGUGGUCAAAUAGACAACUUGAGAAAACCUUCAAUAUCUGCUUCCGUUCAAGGGAAUCAAGUGAAACCAUUCAUAGAGACCUCGAGAAAACAAUCAAUAUCUUCUUCAGUACAAGGAAACACAUUGAAAACAUCCAUAGAAACCUCGAGGAAAUCAGUACCAGGGAAUAAAUUGAAACCGUUAGGUCAGAUUCAGAAGCCUCGUGGAUGGAAUAGAGGCACUUGUGGAAAGUUUGAGACUCAGGCACGAACUUGUUUGCCUGGAACUGCAAAUUCACUGUUGAUGAAAGAUUGCGAGUCACUAUUGAAACUGUUGAUGAAGCACAAAUUUGGUUGGGUUUUUAAUGCCCCUGUGGAUGUGGUUAAGUUGAAUAUUCCUGACUAUUUCAGUGUGAUAACGCAUCCUAUGGAUUUGGGAACAGUACAAAACAAGAUUGCUAAAGGAUCAUACACAGGCCCAUUGGAAUUUGCUGCUGAUGUGAGGCUUACAUUUUCAAAUGCGUUGAGUUAUAAUCCACCUAAGACUGAUGUCCAUAUCAUGGCUGAUACCCUUAGUAAAUAUUUCGAAACGAGAUGGAAAACAUUACAGAAGAAAAUUCCUAGAAAUGAUUCUCCACCGUUGCCCUCGAAGACAAACACCAGUGAAGAUGUACAAACCAGCAGACCAAUGCCUCCUUCUAAAAAGAGGAAAAUUGCCUCACUGCCUCAUCAACCCAAAAUUAUCCCUCCUCCUCAACCUCAAGUUAUCCCACCUGCUAAACUGGUUAUGUCGAAUCAAGAGAGGCAAAAUAUUGGUAAAGAAUUGGAGUCUUUUGAAGGAGUAAUACCUGCCUACAUCAUUGAUUUCCUGAAAGAACAUAGUUCAAAUGGUAAAGAAGGUGAAGAAGAUGAGAUUGAGAUUGAUAUUGAUGAAUUUAGUGAUGAUGCAAUGUUCAAAUUACGAAAGCUUUUGGAUUACUCGUUACUGGAGAAGAAAAAAAUCAAAGUAAAAGAUGAAGCAUGUGAAAUAGAGCUUUUGAAUGACUCUGGACCAAGCAAUUCAUCGUUGCAAGCAUUUAAAGGUAAUGAUCCGGCUGAUGAAGAGGUCAACAUUAUUGGAAAUGAGGCUGAUGAAGAGGUGGACAUUUGUGGAAUUGAGUCCCCUGUCACGAGCCAUCCUCCUGUAGUGAUUGAAAAGGAUACAACCUACCAAACGAGUAAAUGUUCAAGUCCAGGGAGCAGUGAUUCGGACUCUAGUGGUUCUUCUGAUAGUGAAUCUGAUGAUGAAGCAAUACCACAGGAUUUAUCAAAGGUACCAGAAAUUAUAAGCACUGGUGCUCAGAUGGAUUUAAAGACCACUGCUGCUCAUACUUCUGAAAUAAAUCGAGAAUGUGGUGCAAGUGAGAGACAAAUCUCCCCUGAUAAACUUAUUCGAGCUGCAUUAAUAAAGAAUCGAUUUGUUGAUACUAUCUUGAAUGCUCGAGAAAAGACACUGACCCAGGGUGUGAAGGGAGAUCCUGAGAAAAUGCGUCUGGAUAAAGAAAAAUUGGAGAUGGAACGACGAAAAGAAAAGGCAAGGCUACAAGCAGAAGCGAAGGCUGCUGAAGAAGCUAGAAAGCGGGCAGAAGAAGAAGCUGCUGCGGAAUCCAGACGAAAGAGGGAGCUUGAGAGACAAGCUGCACGACAAGCACUGCUACAGAUGGAAAAAACUGUGGAGAUCAAUGAGAAUUCUCAAUUUCUGGAAGAUUUGGAAAUGCUUAGAGUUGUGCCUGCUGAGCAAUUACCAUGUUCUGUGGACGAGACAAGUCCUGAUGACUCUCAGAAUGGGAUGGGUAGUUUCAAGUUUGGUGGGAGUAAUCCCUUGGAACAACUAGGAUUGUAUAUUAAAGUUGAGGAUGAAGAGGAAGAAGGAGAUCCACUUUGUGUUCCAAAUCCUGUAAAUGAUGUAGAAGAGGGGGAGAUUGAUUAAGUUAUUCUCAUUCUGUAUCUUAAAUCCAGGAGCAAACUAUAGUUAUUAUGAUCUCAAAUAUAGUUUAGCCCUCGUAAUGCAGCAAUUCAUCAACAUGACAGAUUGACAGGUUAGGAUAUUUUCUAGUGGUAGGCAUUCAGAUUUUAGAGCGACAAGAUUAUUUAGUUUUGGGUUUGACUUGGAACCAGAUUAGAGGUUUUGAUCAUAAGCUUCAUUUUUGGUUAUUGAAACUAUACAUUUACCCUUUCUUUUCUGGCUUAA